AUGGCUGCUUCUGCCCUGUUGAAAAGCCGUGUCAGACGGCCGUCCAUGCUGAGCAAAUUGGCCAAGGCUGAGGAUCUGAUCAAUUUCUUUCCAAAUGGUUCUUAUAUCGGCUGGUCCGGCUUUACUGGUGUUGGAUAUCCCAAGAAAGUACCAACCGCUCUGGCAGAUCAUGUUGAGAAGAACUCGCUUCAAGGGAAGUUGAAGUAUACCCUCUUUGUGGGAGCGUCGUCAGGGGCGGAAACGGAAAACCGAUGGGCUAAGCUUAAUAUGAUUGAGAAGCGGUCGCCUCACCAGGUUGGCAAGGAGAUCGCGAAGGGAAUCAAUACGGGCAAUAUCAAUUUCUUUGAUAAGCACCUGAGCAUGUUCCCCUCGGAUUUGGUAUAUGGCUUCUAUACGAAAGAUAAGCCAAAUAAUAAACUAGAUGUUGUGGUUAUUGAGGCAUCAGCGAUCACAGAAGAAGGCGGAAUCAUCCCUGGAGCUUCCAUUGGCGCUUCUCCAGAAUUAGUUCAAAUGGCAGAUAAAAUCAUCAUUGAGGUCAAUACCGCCGGUCCUUCGUUCGAAGGUCUACACGACAUCACUAUGUGCGAUAUCCCUCCCCGACGAAAGCCGUAUCUGAUUAUGGCACCCGAAGACCGCAUUGGAACCACAUACAUCCCAAUCGACCCGGAGAAGGUCGUUGCCAUUGUCGAAUCCGAUUAUCCCGACCAGACCCAACCAAACGCCCCAGCUGAUGCGGAUUCACUAGCUAUUGCCAGACACAUCAUCGAAUUCCUCCAACAUGAAGUGAACAUGGGCCGUCUCCCCAACAGCCUCCUACCCAUCCAGUCUGGUAUUGGAAACAUCGCCAACGCCGUCAUCGGAGGCCUCAGCACGGGUGGCGCCAACUUCAAAAACCUCCGCGUGUGGACUGAGGUGCUCCAAGACUCCUUCCUCGACCUCUUUGACAGCGGUCACUUGGACUUCGCCACUGCCACCUCCAUCCGAUUCUCCCCAGACGGCUUCAAGCGCUUCUACGAUAACUGGGAAAACUACUUUGACAAACUCCUCCUGCGCUCACAGCAAGUUUCCAACUCACCUGAAAUCAUCCGCCGCCUCGGGGUGAUCGGCAUGAACACCCCCGUCGAAGUCGAUAUCUAUGCCCACGCCAACAGUACCUGUGUCAUGGGCUCGCGCAUGUUGAAUGGACUGGGCGGCUCUGCCGAUUUCCUCCGCAGCGCGAAAUACAGCAUCAUGCACACGCCAUCGGCUCGCCCAAGCAAGACUGACCCCACCGGCAUUAGCUGUAUCGUACCCUUCUGUACCCACAUCGAUCAGACAGAGCAUGAUUUGGAUGUCAUCGUGACUGAACAGGGUCUCGCUGACGUCCGCGGCUUGUCUCCUCGUGAGCGCGCUCGCAAAAUCAUCGCCGAGUGCUCGCACCCCGAUUACAAACCUAUUCUCCAAGACUACUUCGACCGCGCUGAAUUCGAGUGCCUGAAGAAGGGAAUGGGCCACGAGCCUCACCUGCUCUUCCAGGCUUUCAAGAUGCAUCAGAAUUUGCAGGAGAAGGGUACCAUGAAGAUUACCACCUGGGAGUAG